CAAAAUGAAAACAGACAUGCUCUGCAAAAACUGCUUUGUGUUUUCUAUAUCACCUCCUCUCUGUUUUCUUCGCCAUAUCCCUUUUCUUCUUCUUCUUCUUCAUCUUCUUCUUAUCAGUUGAUAAUCCUUUGAACCAUUUGUCUUUUUUUAGAAGCUUGAAAUCCAAGAACUUGCAACCCCACUUUUUCUUUUCGUUUCAGGCUCCUUGUGUGCGUGUGAAUAUGGGAAUUCCCAGAGAGGUGAUAUAGAAUUAUGUGAAGAAAGAUUGCUCGGAAAUGGCGUGUGUUGAUGUUCAUGGUAACGGUAUUAAAUCCCCGGUGGUCGAAAUGCAGGAGCCCAGUAUUGAUACGGAUAAAUUGAGCUACGAGAUUUUCUCCAUUUUGGAGAGCAAGUUUUUGUUCGGUUACGAUGAUCGGAAGCUAUGGGUUCCGAAGCAGAUUGCUGAGCCCAAGAAUGGUGUCGUUGCCGCCGUUGACGAGAGCGGUGUUCAGGCGAUAAAGAAUCAGAGGGGGAAAAUCUGCAUUCUCAGCGUCGACGGCGGCGGGAUGCGGAGCAUUUUAUCUGGUAAAGCGCUUUCGUAUUUGGAAACGGCGUUGAAGAAUAAGUCGGGGAAUCCAGACGCCAGAAUCGCAGAUUAUUUCGACGUCGCAGCCGGAACCGGGGUCGGAGGUAUCUUUACGGCGAUGCUCUUCGCGGCCAACGAUAAGAAUCGCCCGAUUUUCCACGCCGACGACACGUGGAAGUUCCUCUCUGCGGAGGGCAAGAAAGUCUACCGCCCGUCUAAGGCACGCAAUCCCAAGGUGAGGUUCUUCAGGCGGUUUUUUCGCAAAACCGGCGCCUCCGGAGGUUCAUCCAUCGGCGGCUUGGAGAAGGCGAUGAAGGAGGCCUUCAGGGACGAAAAAACCGGGCGUAGCUUAACGUUGAAAAACACGCUGAAACCGGUUCUGAUCCCGUGCUACGAUUUAUCCAGUUCGGCCCCGUUUUUGUUCUCCAGGGCCGACGCCUUAGAAACAGACAGCUAUGAUUUCAAUCUCUGGGAGGUGUGCUUGGCUACCUCAGCCGAACCUGGUGUAUUCGACCCGAUUUGCAUGAAGUCGGUAGACGGGUCAACCCGGUGUGUCGGUGUAGACGGCGGGCUGGCGAUGAACAACCCGACGGCGGCGGCGAUAACGCACGUGCUGCAUAACAAGCAGGAGUUUCCGUUUGUGAGAGGCGUGGAGGAUAUUUUGGUGCUUUCGCUCGGGGCAGGCGGGCAGCUGCUCGAGGGCAGCUUUGACUACGAGCAGGUGAAGAAAUGGAAGGCCAAGGAUUGGGCUAGGCCCUUGUCCCGGAUUUCCGGCGAGGGCUCGGCGGAGCUGGUUGACCACGCGGUGGCUAUGGCGUUCGGCCAGAACCGCAGUAGUAAUUACGUCCGCAUUCAGGCCAAUGGAUCCAGCGGCAGCAGGUGUGGGGCAAAUGUCGAUUCAGAUCCCAGUCCGAGCAAUGUAAACAUGCUAAUCGGAAUAGCAGAUGAAAUGCUGAAACAGAAAAAUGUCGAAUCAGUCCUCUUCAAUGGCAAGAGGAUCGGAGAGCAAAGCAAUUCCGAGAAGCUCGACUGGUUUGCCGAGCAACUUGUGCUUGAGCAUCAGAGGAGGAGUUGCAGGAUAGCUCCCACUGUUGCAUUCAAGCAAGCUACCCCAAAACCAUCUUAAACCAGUUCCAGAAAGUCAUAAAAAAUACCCCUUUCAAAAGAAAAAACAAAACGGUAUAAAGAUGUAUGAAUAUGGCAAAAAUCCCAAAAAAAAGAGAAAAAAGAAAAAGGGAUUAAUUGAAGAAGAAAAGUAAUAUAGUGGCUUUUACUUUUGAGGAGGAGAUAGUAGUAGGAGCCUUCCUGUGUGGAAAGGACUUUCAACUGUAAAAAAUCAAAAGAAAAGUGGUGUGGGAUCUUUGGUGGGAUUCUUUGCCUGCCACUUAUGUUGGUCAAAAAAUAGAAAUUAUUAUAAUUUGUAAUUUGUCUUUGUGCAAAGUAUGUAAUUUGUUUUUAUUUUUAUUUUUUUGUUUGACCUCUCCUAUUUGUGUGUUGGAAGUGGUGGGCUUUUGCCAUAUACAGAAAGCCUUUAAAAUUUUAGCUUAA